GAAGAAGAGAGAGUAAAAAAAAGUGUUCGUGUCACACAACACUCUUGCCAAAUCAAGAAGCCCGCCCUAUAGAAGCUUAUAUAUUGCUUAUAGAUAGUGAAAUAGAGUAAGUGAGUGAGUACAAAACAGUGGUAUACAAUCAAUUCAUUAAAAGCAAGGUAAACAUGCGGCAGAUGUAAUCAGCUGCAGUGGAAAUAUUUUAAUUGAUCUAUCAAACAAGUAUUGCUGGUUCGCGCGGUGGUCGUAGCGAUAGACUCAUUAAAGAUUGUGUUGGGCUUGCUUAGCAUACGGAUAAAUUUUAUUCCUCUGAACGCAACUCUCCGUUUUCAACUUACACAUUUGACAAAUUACCAAGAUCAUGGUGGAAGAAAGCACUCCUACAAAGACACAGCAUGAGCAAUCGUUACAGCAUUCUUCGUCACCGCAGCCACCCACAAACACAAAAGCAGCAGGAUCUAAUUCAGCAGAGACAAGUACUACAGAUGCAUCUUCAAUCUCAAAUACAAAAGCAGCCGAAUCAAUAGGAUCAGCGUCAGCAGCCGUGGGCUCAUCGGCUCCUGCUGCUUCCUCAACCAACAACACCACAACGAAUACCACUAACACUGGUACCACCACUACAGCUACUCCUGCUCCAGCCCCACAAGCGCCCACAUCAGCAACAGCAGCAGCAGCACCUAUUGAACCACCUCAAGUGACACGGCAAAAAUAUGAAGAAGCAAAACUGGAACUGCAAGCUCUGCUGAGCCGCAAGAAACAAGUCGAUACCAACCUGAUCAAUCUCGAACACGCUAUCUAUCUUUUUGAAGGCUCGUAUUUGGAGGAUACACAGCAAAAUGGAAAUAUAAUUCGCGGAUUCGAAGGCUAUCUGACAAACCGGCCGGAUAAACGCAAACAAAAGUUCACAGAAUUGGAUCGGCUUUUCUCAUUAUCAUCAUCAACGUAUCAAAAGGCAUUGGCACAAAAGGAAGACAAAGAAGAAUCUAGCCAAGAUGAUCGCUCAACACAAAGUUCUGCAGGCUCAUUAUCGAUGCGAAAGGAGAAGAAGAGAAAGUUAAAGAUGAUCGGAGGUAGUAGCGACCCUAUGCGAAAGAAGAAACGAUUAAGCUCUGCUGGGAGAGAGACGGAGGAAGAGUUCGACUAUGGACAUUGAUAAAGUGAGCGAGCAACCAUAUAUUUUAGCCCCAUCCUUGUCCAAAGCAUAACAUCACACUCAUCAUCCUCAUCACUACCUCAAUAUACAAAUAAAUAUCAAACCAGUGCUACAUUACGCUCCAGUUGAU